GGCCGAGGGUUGUUCUGGCCGCCCUUUGGAGCCGGGAGUGCUCCGCUCCCGCCGCCAUUGCUCCUUCGUCCUGAGCGUCCUUCCUGGCAGGGCUGCGGCUCCCGGCGGACGUGCCCGGGUUUUAGGGAGCGAUGACCACGGUGCGGAGAGAGGCGUUCGGGCGGAUGCCCCCGGAGGAGGGAGGCGCAGAGGUGGAGAAGUUCGUCCUACAGUCGGACAGCGUGAGAGUGGAGAUCCUGUCGUUUGGGUGCAUCAUCGCCACUCUGGAGACAAAAGACAGGGAUGGGCAGUUUGCAGAUGUUGUCCUAGGAUUUGACACUUUAGAAGGUUACACGAGGAAACACCCGUUCUUUGGUGCCGUCGUGGGCCGUGUUGCCAACAGGAUUGCCAACGGGAGGUUCAGCCUGGAGGGGAAGGAAUACCAGCUCUUCCUCAACAACGGGCCCAACAGCCUGCACGGAGGAGCCAAGGGAUUUGACAAGGUUCUCUGGAGCGCCCAGGUGCUCCCGAACGGCGUCCGCUUCUUCCGGCUCAGCCCCGACGGCGAGGAGGGCUACCCUGGUGACCUCAAAGUCUGGGUGACCUACACCCUUAGUGGCAGGGAGCUGGCCAUCAACUACCAGGCCCAGACCAGCAAGACAACCCCCAUCAGCCUGACAAACCACGCCUACUUCAACCUGGCAGGGCAGGGCUCCCGGGAUGUCUAUGACCACGAGAUCUCCAUCGAAGCAGAUUCCUACCUGCCUGUGGAUGACACCAAGAUCCCUACCGGGGAGGUGGCUGCUGUGCAGGGCACUGGAUUCGAUCUCCGGCAGCCUGUGGAGCUGGGCAAGCAUUUGCAGAAGUUUCACCUGGAUGGCUUCGACCACAACUUCUGCCUGCAUCAGGGGCAGGAUCGACGCCUUGUGGCCAGGGUUUUCCAUCCGCCCACCGGCAGGACCAUGGAGGUUCACACCACCCAACCCGGCCUCCAGUUCUACACCGGGAACAACCUGGAUGGCUCCCUGAAGGGCAAAGGUGCUGCCACGUACCCUAAGCACUCGGCUUUCUGCCUGGAAACCCAGAACUGGCCCGAUGCUGUUAACAAGCCUCACUUCCCCAAUGUCCUGCUUCAUCCGGGUGAGGAAUACAACCACACCACGUGGCUCGUGUUCAACACGGCUUGAGGAGAAGGGCUGCCCACUCCCACCACUGAGAGGGGGUGAGUGUGGCCAGAAUCCACGUGGAACACCAAUGGCCACGGUGAGCCCCAGCGAGGAUCCAGGCACAGCGAGGACCAGGCACCAAGGCCAGAGGAUGCUGCAGCAGAAGAGCCCCUUCAGCAUCUGGACUGUUGACUCAUCCACUGGAAAAGCUCCAUGCAGUCAUUAUGAACAGGAAAUCUGUUUCUUGAAAGCCACGCAUUACCCCAGGUGUAACAAAGUUCAUCUUGGAACUCUAUUCAAGCUGUUCUGCUAUGGUUUACACAGUGAACUGCCAUGCCAGAUUUCACUGGAAGGCCAAACAGGCCUGGCCUUCCAUUUCAGUACUUGCUUGCUGCUGAAACUGGCCUUUAUUUCUGCUAGACAGCCAAUCCCAUCAAAAAGAAAAGAUGCUUUUCUUCCUUCUGCCUACCAGUUUUUUGUUCAGUCCAGCAUUGUUGCCAGUCCCUUGCUGUGAUCUGUGUUGAAGUGCUUUAUCAUGCAAUCCCUUCAUACAGAAUGAGGACAGUCUGACACACCUAUACACAAAUAAUGACUGCUGCAGGUUGUGUAUUUGCUGUAAGAAGUUGGCAUCAUUCAACAAAAUCAUCUCCAGGGUAUGGGCUGCUUCACAACCAUACCAAUUUCUGUGACACAGGUUAGAACUCCUGAGGGCACCUGAGAAUCUUUGAUUUUAAGGAUGUUCCCCCAAAGAAGGAAAACACAUCUUCAGAUAUUUUAGAAAGUUUUCUUUGUAUCAAUAGCCUAAGGAACUAAAAAAUGCAACAAGUAGCAAUUGUCAAGUUAUUAAUGAUACCUGUUACCUUUAGAGGUUUCUGCAGGUGUUACUUGCUUCGAAGAUGUGUUUUGGAGGAAAGUUUAUCCUUAGAUUUUUGGGGCAUCUGGUAUCAACAGUUAAACACCAGAGAAUGAGCUUUGCAGAAUAAGCAGAUCAGCCAGAAAAAUGAAUGCCCACUAAAUAUCAAGGGAUGAAAAGGGCAUCUGCAAAUUUUUAUCCAUCUGCAGACAGAGAUGGAUUUUAAAUUCCAUUUCAAGGAGAGCAGGAACUGAUCCUUUCACCAAAGACCAUUCAACAGUAGAUGAGAAGACACCAGCUGGGAUUAGUGAAUCCCAUUUUAGAAAUUUUUCAUCCACGGCACAUGGCACACAGCUAAAAUUACCCAAACGUUGACAGAAGCAGCAGGGUUACUACAGAGAAGUUUUAGUUAAAAAUACACAUUUUAUUUCAAUGUGCCAAUAAAAAAGUCCCACAUUUUCGUAUCACAGGAAGUUAAUUCAUACAAUAAAAAGAGACCUGUGCUAGUCUAUUGGUGUGACUAACUCAGAAGACCCAGAUCAUGCCAAAUUUUAGUUGAUAUACUCUUCUAUCUACAUUCUUACAUUUACAAAGACACCACAAAAUCCCUUAUAAUAAUGUAAGCAAAAUAACUUUCUUCCUAAAAGAUUAACUUCAUAACUUUAAUCCAUUCUUUCAGGACUUGCACUUCGUUGAGGGCUUCCUGAUGGUGAACGGCUGAAAGGAAAAGAAUCCACAAUUAACAUUUCAGUAGUUGCUCAGGAAUCACAAGUACAGAAAAAAGCAACAGGAGGAUACCCAGAUUCUGGCUCCCCUUAAGCACUCUUUUCUAAUAUAAUAACUCAUCACUAUUGACAAAAGUUAACAGGUUGACGAUCUGGAAAGAAAAUUUUUUUCUUUACUGUUAUUUUUAAAAGGAGAUCACUGUAAGGCCAGCUAAAGGGUAUUACUUAUAGUGACCUCCAAAGGGGAAAGAUACUUCUUCACUGCUCUGAUACAGCAGCUUGUCAAAACCUGCUGUCAAAAUCAUGGUGAUCACUCAGCAUUUACGAGCACUUAUUCAUGCCCUUGUGAUUUCUUGACAUUGAAGUUAUAAAAAUGAA